AUGACUUCCCUACGCGUGUUGAAAUCCUUCAUGCAGUUAAUCGAAAACUACACAGAAGACAAUACAGAAGUAAUAGGCUAUAAGGUCCCUGUUCCUCUCAUCUCUCCUGAGAUGGCUGAAGCACUAAUUAAAGAAACGAUGACUGUUCUCCAAAAUAAGCCAACUCUCGUCAGAAUUGAUGCACCAUGCUAUGUAGUUGGCGACAUACAUGGUAACCUAUACGAUUUGAUAAGAAUUCUUUCUAUGGCUAAAAUGCCGCCAAUGUCUAGAUAUGUUUUUCUUGGCGACUAUGUCGAUAGAGGACAGUUUUCUUAUGAGAUUGUCUUAUUACUCUUCGCUUUACAAUGCCAAUAUCCUAACGAUGUUGUACUUCUUCGCGGAAAUCACGAAUUUGCUGACGUUAAUAGCGUUUAUGGAUUUUUCGAUGAAAUGUCUCAACUUGAAAAUGGACAAUAUCUUUAUGAUCUUAUGAAUAAGGCCUUCGAAUGGCUUCCUAUUGCAGCAAUUAUUCAGAACAAAAUUUUCUGUGUUCAUGGUGGAAUUUCACCAGAUCUCAAUGAUAUAUCUCAAGUCGAAAAAAUCGAACGCCCAAUUAAAAUUUGCGAAGAUGAACUUUUAGCAGAUUUGAUGUGGAGUGAUCCAACAAGUGAUACGAAGACUUACGCUCGUAGUACAAGAGGUCUCGGAAUUUCAUACGGAACUUCAUUAGUUCACGAUUAUUUAAAGAAAAAUAGUUUGACUUCAGUUCUUAGAGGCCACCAAUGCGUUCAGAAUGGAAUCCAAAAGGCUCUUGAUGGCCAAGUAUAUACAGUUUUCUCUUGCUCUAAUUAUGCAGAUGCUUUAGACAAUAGAUGCGGAUUAUUAUUCUUAAAUCAGACCUUAGAAAUGCAAUUCUUCUCAUUACCUCCUCGUCCCCAGCUCGUGAGAGAGAGAACUUCAUUUUAUCCAGUCAAUAAAUCAACUAUUUUCGAAAGCGAAAACACAGUUAUUCCAUUUUCAAUAACUGCUAAGCAAUUCGAAAUAAAGAAGGCAAUGCUUGCUGUUCCACUUCCAAAACUUCGCUCUAAUUCUCAAUGCGCGAUGCCAAAGACAAAUAGAUUCGCUAGAAACCGUAUGAAAUAUAUAUAG